UCUCUCUCUCCUCUUGUCUUCUCUUCUCUUCCGCGACAACUAUAAGAUUCUUCCUCUCUCUCAUUUUGCUCCUCGCAAGCGAAUCCAUGGCUGUCGCGUUGGAGGGCUUCUCGAUCCGGGAGUAUGCGGCUAAGAUGAGGAGUGUCGACAUGGAAAAGUGCUGGCCGUUGGGCACCAGCGGAGGAGGGGAGCGAUCGCUGCCGCCGAUCCCGUUCCGGAAGUACCGAUGGUGGUCCGACGAGUUGUGGGCCGUCCGCUCGGCCGCGGCCGGCGGAUUGCCGGCCCUCGAGCGAGACAGAUCCAGGGCAAAGGCGAAGCUAAGGGCUCCCAAGAAACGAUCGGUGGCGGAGCUCUUCGCCGUUGCGCCGCAGAUCGAGCGCAUCGAGGAGGAAACGAUCGGAUGUGGUGGAGAUGUUGGCCACGGAGUGGAUGCGGAAGACGGAGAACAGAAGAGGGGACGAGGACAAGGAGCCGACGAUGCGCUGAGGGAUCACGUUAGCAACAAGUGCUGGAAGAAGAAGAAGAAGAAGAAAAGAUAUAUAGGCAAGAAGUGUUGGAUCAGAUCCGGAAGUAAGAAGCCGAAGACGCAACGGCAGGUGCUCAUGCUUGUGAUCGGCUCUCGGAAAAAGUUACUUGAAGACUCGGCAUCCGAAAAGGAAUCAAAGAAAGCUUCCAGACAUUCUCUCGGCGGGCAAAAGAAGAAGAAGAAGGCAGCGGCAACGAGUUUGCAGAACAAAGAAUACGAACAAUUCCAUGGUUCUAAUCUGGUAGCCAGAAACCAAGGGGCGGCAGAGAUUCUUCGAGUCAAAGGCAUUCUCAGAAGUCCGAGAGAAACUUCUUCCAUGAAGUCGAGAAUUCUGAACGGAGAUCCACAGGCUGGUCACCCUUUCAAGCCUUGCUGUGCAUUGGAAAAGCACGUCACCUUCUGUGGCAACGAUGGGCAUAACGAGAGUUUUUCUCAUACGAAGCUGCCUCAGUUGCUUAACCUUUGUAUAAGGUUCUCAGAUGCUUUGGCUGCAUCAUCGAUAUCUGAUCUUAGCAGAGGUGAUAAACUUCCACCAACCGAGCAGUCUAAGGUGACUAAAACUGGUGGAGCUCCAACUGUUGAAGGGAAGGCGCAGUUGAUCGAGAGUGGUGUUCAUGCUACCGCUGAUCAUCCAAGCAAUCCCAUCAACCGGAACAUUUCGCGAAGACCCAAGACCUCCUUGAGAGAAACUAUCGACUUCAAUCAUGCAAUGCAAAUCUCUAAUGGUCUGAACAUUGGUUACUCAGAUUCUUCGUCUCGUCACUACAGUAAUUGCAGUCCAUCCAUCAGGAAUUCUUGUCCGGAAGAGAGAUCAAAUUCUGGUGUCGGAUUUCAUUCAGACAUGUUAGAUUCUAGAGAAGUUAUGCAUGUUUCCAUGACAUCUGCUCCAAAAUUGGAACCAGAAAGUUCACCGAACAUGACAGGGAUUCCUAUGUCUCAGUCUCAGCCUUCUUUGUCCUGCUUACCAGUGAGUGUCGAUCAGAGGGAAGUAGAUCGUCCGGUGGCCUUCAAGAAGAAUAGAUACAUCCAGAUUCCAGCUAUUCAACCUGUCUGCGACAUCUCUCCCUCGGAUCAAAUGAUCAAUGAAUGUCCAGAGACGACAAGAUCAAUGUUGGAUCCCAUUUGCAAGUACAACGGUAUGUGCGUAUCCGAGGAUUCGAUUGGUUCGCCUCUUAGUUCACAAGAACUCAUCAAGUUUCAUUCAGAUGCGAAGUUUGGUGCCACUGAGAUCUUUAAGCAGCAAAAUCUCGGUCCGGAGCACAGCCUUCAGGUUCCUUAUCUCACCGGAUCUAAGAGUCAUAUGGACCACGUAAACAUGAGAGGCAAGUUUUGCUGCACGAUGGCAGAUCGGAACGAUCAGAGAAGAUGGAAUUCCCAUCACUUUUAUCCUGCUAGAAAGCCAACGAAAUCUGGGCUGGGUUAUCUCCGGUUGCAUUGCUCCGAGAGGAUGGAUGUUCAGAACCAUGAAUCAUCGAGAGAUAAAAAUCAAUCUCUCCACCAUGGACAAAACCAUGAUCUUAACUGGACUCCUAGCGAAAGCUUCCACGCAGAAGAGAGCUUGGUGGAGUACAGGAUCGAGCCUACCGUUCCAUCAACAAUGCGCCUGAUGGGUAAGAAUGUCACAGUUGGUAGAAGCAGUGAAGACAGCAAAUGUACAGACCAUGGAACGACAUGGACUGACAAGGAAAUUAUCACUCGACGCAGCCCAUCCAGAAUAGUGGUUGACAAAGCUCUUUUAGAGAGAAGGCUCCAAAGGGAAUGUGUCACCCAUCCGACGUCUGGGAUCUCAAGAGACUGUAUAAGACGGUUGCAAGACCUUCCAUCAGAUCCAUAUCAUUUCCCUGCAGUCGACAAGCGAUACGAUCAUACUUUCCUUGGUCAUCAAUCACUGCUGACUUCAAGAAAUGGUCAUAUGUCAACCCUCACAUAUCACGGUACCAGCUAUUCAACAUCUCACAGAUUGCUGAACCAUUCACCCAAAUCCGCAGUGGAUUCAGGAACCAGGUGUCUUGGUUUUCUGCUGAACUCUACCCGUCACAGACAUAACCUGAUGCUCUCCAGCAACAUGUCAUCAUCAGCUUCUCAUCCAGGAUUGUCGAGCCCAAAAUGCAUGGAUUUCAUCGGACCAUUAUCAUCGAUUCCGCACUCAUCUUGCCUCCAGCAGUGGCUGCUAGACGGAGAACAACCGAUGAUACAGCCAUCCACGUUUUCCACCACCGAUAUCACUCAUCCUGCUUAUAGUAAGGGUACUUCUCACUCCCUGAAUUCCCUUCGUUCCUCAUUCAUUCCGCAUCAUCAAGCAAGCCGAUUAACUUCGACAGUCGGCAUUACCUAUCAAAAUAAGACCAACAACGCUUACAAAAGGGCUCCAAUCGAAGACGAUAGAAUCAUGGGAGCCGUCAAGAAACCUCGAAGUGCAGUGCAACUGGAGGCAAACUGUCCAACAAGCCCAAGGAGAGAACAGCUGCUCGGAUGCCUACCAUAUUGCUCGGAACCUUCGGAAUUCCCUGCUUUUGAGAAUGGUGCAAAGCAUAUGCUGAAACCUGAUGGAAGUGAGGAUCGUGGUGAUGCCAGACCUACUCACUCAUCCAUACCAUUUACAUCCGGUACUCGAACUUGUACUGGAAGUUUCUAUUGAUGGCUUGUUCUUCAACUCAAGUUUCGAUCACAAGACCGCAGGUAAAGCAAAAUGCUUUUGCCGAGAGUAAUAUUUGUGCGUCCUAAUUUUCCUUAAAGCUGGUAUUGAAUAUGCCGCGUUGAACGCUACCCUAAUGCACGCCUGUUUUACGGCUCUUAUUGGUGAUCAAGAUUUGAUCAUCUAAUAAGCAUUUUGACAUGAAAUCCAUCAAAUUGGAUAUUGAUGAUUCUUGUGUUCAAAAGCAUUUUCAUGAUUUCCUGAUGUUAGUUGUAUGAUCUUCUGCACUGCGUGCAGAGGCUAAGUGUCAGAUUUAAGUCUACAAAAUUUGGUGAAGUUAUGGGUCGAAUU